UCAUGUAACGGUGUACUACUACCACAGUAGAUCGUAGCUCCAGCUCUACCGCUCGUCAUUGCGAUGAGAGGCUCCUCUCAAGGGGUUAUCCACAACCCUAUUGACUAUUGACGUCAUCUCGCCACCGGAGAAGUGAUCUCUUACUAAAACUUGGUGAAAGGACAAAAUUUCUCUCGAUACAUAAAGGGAGAAGAGGAGAAACUGAAUAAUACACUUAUAACUAGUAUACACCAGAGGGGCGCUCGCAGAGCUGUGACUGGCACAGGACAGGAAUGGUGGAUCACUUGCCGAUAGGCGAGGAGACCUUCAUGUAUUACGCCAACUCUCCGGCAGACCAUCACGCAUCGGACAUGGUGACAGACACGGGUGUCUACCAGGCGCUGUCCUCCCCGUUCUCAGAGGACGACCUGAGUGACUCGUCCAGCGCCCGCUCCUGCUCCAGCCCUGAGUCCCAGGUGCUGGGUUCCAGCUAUGGCAGCAGCAGCAGCAGUGGAGAGAGCCAGGACGGUCUCCUGGACUUCCUGCUCUCCCAGGCCACACUGAGACGUGGAGUUACUCCCUCUCUAUCCCCCUCAGUACCACCCAUCCUCCCCAUGGGUCUAGCAUGGGAGUCAAAGAGGGACCGCCUGUCUCCGACAACCAAAGAGGAGUGCUUUGAAUUUCCUGAGUUCCCAGCGGACCUGGAUGAUCACAUAGGGCUGCUGUUUCAGCCCACCCUGGAGGAGAUAGAGGAGUUCCUGGAGGAGAAUAUGGAGGUGGUGGCAUUGAAGAAUGAGGCUUGCGAGGGUGGGAUGUUGGAUGUUAACAGUCAGGUGACAGGGUCAGUGCCUGGGCUAGCGCACUCAGACCAAACAGUACCUGUUGCCGGUGCUACUGACCUCACCACAGAGACCAAAUACACACCAACAUCCCCGAUAACAGACUCCAACGUUUGUAGUGGGAUUAAACAGGAAGACAGUGCUGGGACACCAGCAUCAGUAGAGGGGUCCGGUGUGUCGCCUGUCAUCCUGCAGAUUCAACCAAUCCAGAUUAAGCAAGAGCCAAUCCCAGGUGCGAUACAUACACCAGUAUCACAGCAGACCACCCAGCCCACCACAGACAUCAAAAUUGCCCAGCUCCUGGUCAACAUCCAGGGCCAGACUUUUGCCCUGGUGCCCCAGCUGAUGUCCCCAGCUAAUCUCAAUGGCACAUCUUCCAAAUUUGUGCGCAUCGCACCCGUACCCAUAGCCGCCAAGCCCCUGGGUCCCGGGGAGGGUGGGCUUGCAGGUGGCCAGGCUGCAGGGAUCCUGGUGGGAGGACAGAAGUUCCAGAAGAGCUCGGUAGCGGACCUUAUAAAAAUGCAUAAGUGUACUUUCCCUGGAUGUGCCAAGAUGUACACUAAGAGCAGCCACCUGAAGGCCCACCUGAGGAGGCACACGGGGGAGAAGCCCUUUGCCUGCACCUGGCCUGGCUGUGGAUGGAGGUUCUCAAGGUCAGACGAACUCUCCAGACACCGGCGCUCCCAUUCUGGAGUGAAGCCUUACCAGUGUCCUGUCUGCGAGAAGAAGUUUGCCCGCAGCGAUCACCUGUCCAAACACAUCAAAGUCCACCGCUUUCCACGAAGCAACAGGACUGUGCACUCUGCAAACUGACC